AUGGUAGAACGGCCCAGGAGCGCAGCAGCAGUUCCUGGAGGGGUGCAAGUGAAGACCGCAAAAAAAGCAGAACAGCUAUUCCGGUUUGGCAGUGACUGGGAGAGCACAGCACCGACUGUCUACUCGGUGCACAGCUGCCAGGCUGCAGUCAACCUGGACUUACCGUCUCUCGUCCGCCAGAAGGCCUACCUGUGGCCCGCAGAGAUGGAGUGGUGGAUCGUAGCGGAAGGGAGGAUGGCGGCGGCUCACAGGGACCUUGUGGGGGACGCCUCUCUCCCACCUCGCUUCCCCGCGCCGAAAUAUGGUGCUGCAUUUGCGAGCGACGGAGCAGUGUAUGGCGGGGCAUAUGUCAGCGAGUUACGGUUCAGCUCUCGUGUGGAGCUCAGCUAUACAAUCACGCUCGUCGGACCCUCGACCAACCCACCCUCCCUGCACUCUGCACUCAUCUACACCCCCCUCAACCCGUUCCCUCACCACACUCCCACUGCCACGAAUCAAUUCUUCCUCUCCCCUCCCCUCUCCACCUUCCCUCAACCCUCCGUUUGCCCCUUCUUGUUCUGUCCCUCCUCCUCCAUCUUCCACAUCCCUUCCCUCUUGCCCUCCUCCUCCUCCUCCUCCUCCUCCUCCUCCUCCUCCUCCUCCUCCUCCUCCUCCUCCUCCUCCUCCUCCUCCUCCUCCUCCUCCUCCUCCUCCUCCUCCUCCUCCUCCUCCCCCUCCUCCUCCCCCCUCCUCCCCCGUACCUUCCUCAAACUCCCCAUCCUCUCUCUCACUCCUCUCUCCUCCCUCACUAGCUCCCCCCAUCCCAUAGACCCUCACAUCCCUCUCAGACCCCCCAUCACCUGCCAACCCAUGCCCAUUAGCUCCAAAAAAAGCCGCCCCCCGGCCAUCCACCCCACCACUCCUCUCACCCAUCCCACCCAACCCUGCCCUUCCCUCACCUCCCUCACUAACCACCUCUCCCACCGCAAUCUCCUCUCUCCUCUGCACCUCUCCCUGUCCUACCUUCCAGCCGUCUCUGCUAUCCCUCCUCCCCUCCCGCCCCAUCCUAACCCCCACUGGAGAGUCUAG